AAGUUUGUGCAUCACACCUUGUUUCUUCUCAUAAUCAUAUAUACCAAAAAUCUCUCUAAGAAAAAAAAAAAAAAAUCUUCAAGAAAAGAUUUUUGUAUUCUUAUGAAAAAUAAAAAUAUGAAUCCGAGUCGUCCUCGUCUUCUCUGUCUCAUUGUUUUUCUCUUCCUCGUUAUUGUUCUAUCUAAAGCUUCAAGAAUCCACGUCGAAAGACGACGCUUCUCAUCCAAACCUUCUGGUGAAAACAGAGAGUUUCUCCCUUCACAACCUACUUUUCCGGUCGUCGACGCCGGUGAAAUCCUACCGGAUAAACGGAAGGUUAAGACGGGAUCAAACCCUUUGCACAACAAACGAUGAGGAAAGAAGAAAAUCAGAUAAUUAGUUUCCCUAAACACUCUCUCUCUCUCCUCUAUUUGUUUUCUUAACCACAGAGAUAUAUCACAUAGGUAAAUCUUAUUACACAUAUAUAUAUUAAUGUAGGAUUUAUCCAAUCUUUUUUGUGGUUUUUUCCAUUCUCUUUCUCAAUACUUUGAGGUUUAUAACAUGAUAGAGCGUUAUUAAUCAUUGUAUAUUGUACUUUGUACAUAGAUCUUUUUAGUUCUUUUGAAUUGAUAUGAACAAAAUAUGCGAGAAACAAAUGAUGUACAAUAAUUAAUGGUUUUGUUGGAUCAAAUUUGGCCAAAAUCGAAACUAAUUGGCAAUUAAUAGGUGUUUUUCUUC